GCGCAUUGAUGCCAUCGUUUUGUUCAUAACCGGUCGGUGUGACGCGUGACCUCACUUGAAAGCGAUAGAGUAUAUAUGGAAAUCUCGAUUAUCGCUGUCCCUCCACCUCAACAACCACAACUGACUUUCGAUGCAGCCAGAUUCUGCGUCCGUUCAGGACAACGUUUCUUCUUAUAAUCCUCCUAGACCCGUUCCAGAUCCUGUAUCGUCCCAGAGACCAGCACCACGUCCGCCACCCCCUUCGAAUGGUGGUGCUCCCCGCAACACUUUAAGUGGUCUAUUCGCAAACAGAGGAGGAAAUGCUCCAAUACCCCCUUCAUUGCAGGCGAAAAUGACAGCAAUGUUGAAUCGCGGAUCAUCUGCGUCACCCGGUUCGGCCCCUCUCUCCCUCGAUGCCACAACAAGGGCACUGCAACAUGCUUCCAUAAACGAAUCAAACCAUCCUAUUCUUCAAUCUUCUCACACAUAUUCUGCUUCACCAGGCUCGUCAUCGGCUGCUACACGCGCUCGCGGACGCGGUGGCGGUGUUCCUGCUGCGGGCAGACGCAAUAGGCCAGCAUUCAAAUUAUCCGACAUAAACCCUGAAACAGGAGGUGGUGCUAUCGGUGCAGGGCUUGGAGCAGGGCGUCCAUCGCUAGCUGAAGCCAGGAGAGGGCCCUCAUCAUUUGAUACUCCUUUUUCAAAUUUCAACAGGAUCGUGUGCGUAUCUCUCUCUUUCUCUUCUCCCGUUAUCAUGAAUCAAAACCAACUUCUUCCCUCUUUUAGUGAUCCUUCUGGACGCCUCAACUUCGCCGGGAAAGCAGUUCUCCAUGCCGAGGGUGUCGAUUUUCCAAUGGACCAUCUUAUGCUAUAAAUAUGGAAGAGCUCGUUCUCGAGCAUGAGCUCGGCCGCGGUAACUAUGGCACAGUCAAGAAGGUUCUCCAUCGACCGACAAAGGUCGAGAUGGCUAUGAAGGAAAUUCGUCUCGAGCUAGACUCCACUAAACUUAAUGGAAUACUGAUGGAGUUGGACAUCCUGCACCGC